CCAAAACAUUGCCUGUUCAACGUCACUAAAGUGUGCAGCUUGGAAUAGAGCCUGUGUGCACGGAUAUUAUUCUUUGGUCUAGAAAUUCCUGAGUUGGUGGUAGUCACCCUGGUCUGUGUGGCACUAUAGUGUUGUGGAUACCCUAUCUUCAUUGGUGAGUGCCAUUCCUUGGCACUUUGGUAAGAUUAAUUACAAGCUGACCUACUGGAAUGAGUCAUUUCCAAGUGAUAACACUCCAGCUAAUCUCAAUGAUUUAGAGAUUAUCUUCGUUUUUGUUCAGUUUGCGUAAUUUGUAUUAUCCUGUCCCACCCACGAUACAUUUACCAGGUAUCAUUCUUUGAGAUAUUGUUCUUCCUUUGCGCACUGUAUAGAUGUCCCAUGUUUAACCAUUUCAGGUUGCCCGAUGUCUAUACCCAGUUUAGAAAAGCAGUUGAAACUCAAUGCCAAGUGCGACCGAGUCUUCAGAUGCCAGACAGGCUGAAGUCUUUACCAGCUGGCUUUGAGGAGGGCGAUAUUCCCACACUUCAAGACUUUGGGCAAGAAGGUAUUUCUGAUAUUCUUCCAGGUAGUAUCUGGAGUCCUUCUGUGUAGAUGUAGCUUAGCCAACAACUUAAGGUCUAAGUUGCAAAAUUUUUCCAACUAGGGUUUUCUGGCUGGUGGGAAUUUAGUCUACUUGGGGAGGAAAAAAAUAUAUUUUUUUUAUAUAUAGUGUUUUUAAAUAUGAUAUAUAUUUUUCAUACUUUAAUGCUUUGAAAAAUUGUUUUUAAAGUUUAUCCUUGAAUAUUAAACCAUUUGAAGUUUAUUCAACAAUAUUAAAUCAAGGUAGUAGUUUGUGUAUUUUUCAUUUAUUUGUUGUCCUAAAAUGCGUGCAUAUGAAAUGUAAUUUGAAUUCUCACAUUGUCCAAGCUUUUAAAGCAUUCUAAGGAAUCUAGGGAUUCCUGGAAGAAAUUGAUGCAAGUUUAGGAAUCUGUGCUCUAUAUGGCAAAAUUGAGAUGCAAAUGUUUGUGUCGUGGUAGCUACCUGAAAUAUGAAGCACCUAUUCUGUUUGAAGGUUUGUAUGUGGCAUCUGUGUUGGUUUACAGCGGGAUGCAAUUUCAGCUUUGGAUAUUAGUGAUUGUGAUUCUUGUAACAGCCUAUGAUUAGCUGCUGUUAAUGACUUAUGUGCUUGCCAUGGCCUAUGAUUAGCUGCUAUUGAUUACUUAUUUGUGUUUCUCUGAUUAAUAGAUCCUGUGACAGAUCCACGAUCAGCCUUUCCAUGCAGCGGAGGGGAGACUCAAGCAUUACAGAGGCUGCAGCAUUAUUUCUGGGAUACGGUCAGUAGAGAUAUUUCCAUUUAGAAACCUUUAAUUUAAUAUGAAUUCUGUUAAGACAUGAAAUGGUUCAUACAUAUCAGCAUAUUAUGUUGGAAGCACUGCUCUGGCUAUUGUAGAUUUCCUGGGAUCCAGUUCAGAAAAUGAUUCCAGAAUACAUUUCUAUGACAAUCUGAUUUUUCUCUUCCCUUUUCCAGAACAAUCAGACAAUUAUCUUUGUACAAAAGGCUAAUUAUUGAACACAUUUACCAUUGCAAAAGGAAAAUGCCAUAGUUUAAACAUGAGUAUUUAAAACAUGUUUUACUUUUACCAAAAAUAUUACUUUUUAAUAUAUUUUUAAACUUUGCUAUUUUAUUAACAUUUUUGUUGUACCAUUCUCUAUCCCUAGAGGGAGCUGUGGAUUAAAAGUAUAAAUGUAUCAUUUAAUUUGUUACAGAAUCUUGUCGCUUCAUAUAAAGAUACACGGAACGGACUUAUAGGAAUGGAUUAUUCUACCAAAUUUGCCCCAUGGUGAGAAAAAUAAAGAAUGCCAUUAUUAGCCGUUGCACUCUCCCAUGUCACUGUUUUACUCUGUAUUACCAUAGAUGGUUUUCUAUCAGUACAAGAAAAGGAGAUAUUGUGGAUCACAGCAUGGAUCAUUCUGUACCCAGGUCUUCCUUCUCCUUACAUAAACUAUACGAAAGCAAUAUCUAUCCUUUUUAUAGUAAAGGAACACUCUAAUGAAAGUGUUGCUGAUUUUCUUUUUUCCCCCUUAUUUUAUUUGGUAGAUAUACGACCAAAGAAGGCAUGCAUGUAUUUUUUUCCUGCAUGUUUUCUUUGAGGGUAUAUGGGGGGGAAAAUACAGCUUGCAAAAGCUGCAGACCUAUUGUCUGCAGCCCUUACAAGCCAUCCCCUCUUUCCCAGGCACAGACUUUCAGGCUAUGCCGGGUGAGUACUCAAUUCUCCAUGUGCAGACCCAUUUUAGAAAUGAGCAAUGUGAUGACUUUAUGUUGUAGCCUAAAGCGGUUCUGUAACAAUAUGGAUCCCUUCGACUGAGAGCCAAGGGAUCCAUUGCUCCAUACCACCCGUUUCACCCCCGAACAGAUUUGGACUCUGGGGCUUGCAUAACAUAUCAUUUUAGAUAGUUGUUCAAUCCCUCUGUGUCUUCUUUGUAGGCUCUGCCAUCGUCAAGUUACAAAGAUGGCCUGUAGAAAUGGUAUAAUUUGCUUUGGGCAUGGGCUUCAAAUUAUGCGCAUGCCCAGUUAAUGCUGAGGCUCUGUAUCGUGCCACUUCAUGAUGUGAGGGUCAAUGACAAAGUUGACAUAGACCGUAGAGCAUGACUCACCACCUUUUGUCAACCAGUAGUCCCUACUUUUCCUUAUCUAUAACUUGGCAAAAAAGUAUUUUCUUUUUUUAUUUUAAAAAGUGACAAAGCCACUAUAAUUUACUUUUUACUUGUUAAAUUUGUGUCUUUCCUGAUCAUGUGACCUAUGUAUUUAGAUCUGUCACAGCCGAUGUGGCAGCCGAAUGACAAACCCUAUACUUCUCGCUUCUCUUUAGGUUGGCUCUGGGCUGCAUCUCCCCGAGAUAUAUUUAUGAGCAGAUUAAGAAGUACGAACGAGAGAGAACUGCAAAUCAAAGCACAUACUGGUAUGGAAUAGGGGAAUAAAUUAUUUUAAUAAACCAGGAGCAGAUUGUGCAAAAAAGCAAUCACAAUUAUUACAAAUCCCCAAAAAAGGAUUGGGAUGUAUAUUACUGAAAGGACCACUAUAGGCACCCAGACCACUCCAGCUUAAUGAAGUGGUCUGGGUGCCAGGUCCAUCUAGGAUCAACCCUGCAAUUGUAAACAUAGUAAUUUCAGAGAAACUGCUAUGUUUACUUUAGGGUUAAUCCAGCCUCUAGUGGCUGUCUCACCGACAGCCGCUAGAGGCGCUACCGCAUUUCUCACUGUGAUUUUCACAGUGCGAAGACGCCAGCGUCCAUAGGAAAGCAUUGAGAAUGCUUUCCUAUGGACUGACUGAAUGCGCGAGCGUUCAGCUGAUGACGGGGAAAGGAGUCAGAGAGUCCCCAGCCCCGAGGGUGAGGGGAACCCAAGUGCCCUAUAGAGCCAGGAAAACGAGUAUGUUUUCCUGGCACUAUAGUGGUCCAUUAACCCCAUAAGGACACAUGACAUGUGUGACAUGUCAUGAUUCCCUUUUAUUCCAGAAAUUUGGUCCUUAAGGGGUUAAGGGAUUUUGGGGUUCUUGCACUUUUUAAGGUGCUGCUGGUUAAUAUAAUUACCUGUUAUUUUAUUUUAGUGUCAUCUUUUCACUUGUAAUUUUUAUUAAUUAUUAUGACUGAGUAAUAGAAAAGGACCCAUUUACUUGUUUGCCUAUUUUAGCCUAAGGGCAGAUAAAGUGUAAUAGCAGGUUUUCCAAUUUGAGGUGUACUUAUUUCUUUGGCAUUGAAGUCCCAGAGCUUAUUGUGCAAGAAAAACACAAGUAACGCUUUCUACCCCUUCUCGGAUAUGCCGACGAAUUGAAAUCGUUAUCCAACCAAUGUACAAAAUCUCUGAUCUCUAGUGGUAGCGAGUCCAUUGAAGUUCUAUGAUAUGCACAAAAUGUUCCUGUACUACAAACCUAUGUGUUGUGUGGUGUUGUGAGAAAAACCAAUGAAAUACAAGUUUAAAAAAAAAAAAUGUCUGCACCAUAGUUCUGUCCUAAUCACAUGUUUAUAGAACAGCGCUAUGAUCAGAAAGCCGUAUAUAGAACUGUGUGAAUUGAAAGAUAACUUGUAUCUCCUGCAAGGCCUUAAUAUUUUCCUUCUGUCGUAGGGUCAUUUUUGAGCUUCUGUGGAGGGAUUACUUUCGUUUUGUGGCUCUGAAGUAUGGAAGCAAAUUAUUCUUUCCAAAAGGUUAGUUGGACCUUGUAAGACACCGUGAGCCAAUUUCUUCCUGUAGGUUCAAUUGCUGUAAUCUCAGGUGUUCAGUAAUAGAAACCUUUUAUAUUGCCAUGAGAUCGAAACUGACUGGCACUCAGAAACCAUACACAGAAAGAAUGUGGAAAAGCUGGAACAAGCCGUUUAAUUUAGGUUAAAACGUGGUUCACAGAAUCACAGGAAGGCGCCAUUUACAUAUUUCGGUUCUUUUGACUUUCCGUGAUCAAUAGAAUAAAAAUCCUGCAAACAAUCAGGAAACCAUGUAAAAAAAAAUCAAAAAUGUGAUACAUUGCAAUGUCACCGAGCUAAGCAUAAUUCCUUAUACACGUAGCAAAACUCCAGCACUAGCUAUUAUCAGUGUGUACAGAGAUGAUGUAUUUUAUAUUUACAGUCAUAGCAUUUAUUUAUAGGACUGUGGGUUUUCUGAUAUGAAAAUCAUGAACUUUUUUUUUCAGUUGUCCACACACUGCAGACACAUUUAACAUCAUUUGUCUGUGCUUUUACAUACUUUAUAUUGAGGAUUGGUAAUCUCAUUGGAAUGGAAUGAUCUGUCACAGAAUUUACACAUCUCUCUCUUCCAUCUAGAUGACAGAAAAUACACAACAUGUGUAGGGUUUGUGUUGAUUUUUUUUUUGUUUAGUUUUUUUUUUUUUUUGCCAGACUCUUUGAAUCUUGAAGACGUCACUUGUUGUUUUGGUGUACCCUAAAGCCCUUGUAUAUACCUGCUACCACACAGACACAUCAAAUGCAUCACACGCUGUUAUGCUUGGUUUUUCCAUCUUUCAGUGUUGGUAACUCUCAGUUGAUAAAUUAGAAUUAUAACACCACAUGUUCUUUUAAACACCUGUUUAGGGCUACAGGAUAAGCCAGUUCCAUGGAAGAAAGACCCCAAGCUUUUUGACGCCUGGAAAGGUUGGUGUUGUGUGAAAUCUCUUUGUUUUUAAAAUGACCCAUUAUAGGAUGGGAAGGUAGGAGAAUCCCACUACGUGAUCCUGAAAGUAAAAUGACCCACAUUUUGAGUCCUCCGAAGUGGUGCAGAUCUCAACGUGAUGGUGCCUAUAUGCAUAACUGAAACUAUAUUCCCUGUGAUCAGUACUUCUCUUCCAUAAGAUUUAAAGGGAGACUCUGGGCACCAACACAACUUGAAUGUAUUUGAUAGAUUUUGACUUUAUUAAUAUGCUGUAUUUUUUUUCAUAAAACAAAUAAAUGUUUUGCAGAAUGCUGCACCAUAAGCCUGCCUCCUCAGCCACACCCCCUUGUGCCAGAAAGACUUCCUUAUCGAACGUAUGUACACAGUCUCAGCCCCAACAGUACUGAGUGACUGGUUUUUAAUUCACAACUAGGCUGCAGACAGUCACAGAAACUACAAACAAAUAUCCUUCCUAUAUUUCUCCCUGGGUGUCCUCUCUUUCUAACUGGUAGUGACUGAAUACAUACAUUGAUAGGAAAGUCUUUUUCUGGAGUGAGGAGGUGUGGCUAAAAAAGAAGGCUCAUCAUGCUGCAUUCUGCAAAACCUUUAUUUAUUUUGUGCAAAAAUACUAAAGAUUUGAGCAUGCAAAAAAAUACAGCAUGAUAACGAGGCCAAAAUCUGUCAAAUGCAGUGAAUAUAGUAUUGGUACCUGCAGUGUCCCUUUAAGUUCCCCUGCUGUGUAUUCACCUCAAACGAUUUGUGAUCAUUGAAAAUCAGUCUACCAUGACCUUUUACUAGAAUAAAAAAUAAAUAAAAAUGAAAUAAAAUUGUUUACAUUAUUUGUUAAAGUUGUCGGUCAUUCCUCCUAUUCUACCCAUGGAAACAUCCCUCUAAAAUGAAAAAAAUAAAAAAUAAAAUUCAAAAUUUUGAAGAAAAAAAAAAAGGGGCCAACCUGACUUUAUUCUUGUACUUAUUUCCAAAAACCAUUCCCACGGAUUGAAACAUUUAUUUACAGUCUUGUUUUAAAAUAUGAAUUCCUGCCCUUUUCUAAGUGUUGGGAUUAUAUUCUAGACAUCGUAGGUUGAUUUUAAGUGUGCGUUUUGGUAUUUUAUGACAAUCUGCUGCUUUCUUUCUGUAGAAGGACGUACGGGGGUACCUUUUGUUGAUGCUAAUAUGCGUGAACUGGCAGUGACUGGAUUUAUGUCCAACAGGGGGCGACAGAACGUGGCUAGUUUCCUGACAAAAGACCUUGGAAUUGAUUGGAGAAUGGGAGCAGAGUGGUUUGAGUAUCUCCUGGUAAGAGGUGGUCUCAUACGGUCAUGUGAUAAAAUUAUUUAUUUAUAUAUAAUAUAGGGCUCACAAAUCCCUCUGUCAAACUGCACAUACCUCAUUCUGCAUGGAGGGAGUAACAGACAAGAAUAUAACACUUGACAUUGUUUGGAAGCAACCCUUGGCGUGGGAUUAUGGGAUGGAUAGACUCUAAGGCAUGAUUUGUAAAGAAUUUGGCUCACUUUUGUUAUAAAUGCCUAAUACAGGCAGCAGGCGUGAUGUACUUUAUACUCUGUUUUGUUCCCUCUUCUUUUCAACCUUUGCUGAAUCACUUCUCUGUAUCACAAGGAAGAGAAACUUACAUUUAUCAGAAUUUAUACCUCAACAGAGUUUAUUAAGCCGAAAAGUGAAAUUUUGGUGAACUUAAAACCAGACUGCAAAAACUAAACUAAAAUAGCCAAGUUGCAAAAAAGAAGCUGCGUUUAAAAAAAGUUUACACUUUUUGUUUAUAUUUUGCUGGUCCCUUUUUAGUCGACCACAACUUUGUCCAUACUUUGUAUGCAUCAGGUCCAACUGAAUAAUUAGAUAUAAUAAUAAUAAAAAUAACUUUUUCCAUGAAGCCCCAACUGACCCUGUCGAAGGCCUUUUCUGCAUCUAGCGACAGGAUCAGGAGGAGCUCCUUUCCCUGGUCAGCCAUGUCAAUAGAAUCAAUCAACCUUCUUAUGUUGUUACUAGCCAUUCUAUCUGGUACGAAACCAAUUUGAUCAGGAUGUAUAAGGUUUACUAAGACCAUUUCGAUUCUUGCUGCAAUAAUAGAGGCAUAAAGUUUGACAUCGAUGUUAAUAAGCGAAAUGUGACGGUAACUUUUCCCGUCCGAUGGCUCUUUGUCUGUCUUUAGUAUAGGUAAUAUAUUGGCCCUAGCAUUUCUUGGGGGAACUUUCCCUCCUUAACUGCAUUAUUAAAUGUUUUAGUUAGGUUCUCUGAUAUUAUAUUUUUCAUUGCUUUAUAAAAACUAUUACUGAAUCCAUCCGGCCCGGAGUUUUAAAAGGAACUAGAUUGUCUAUAGCCUUUUCUACAUCUCUAGUAAUUUCUUUAUUAAUUAUGGCAAAUUGUUCUCUAGAAAUCUUUGGCAGAUUUAGCUUUGAGACAAAUUCGACAGUUUCCCUUCCUCUAUUAGUCUCUGGCAAAUCAUAUACAUUUUUAUAAAACUCAUUAAAGGCCUCAACUAUUCCCCCCGGAGAGAUGUACACUUCGUCACCUUGCACUAUUUUCCCAAUUAUAUUAUUUGACUCUUUUUUUUUUUUUUUUUUUUAACUGGUUGGUUAAUAUCCGAUCUGCUCUAGUAUUUCUUUUUUUAAAUCUUUAAUUUUUUUUAAAUUAUUUAUUUUCCGCGUGGAAAGAUAACAAACAUGUGUGGAAAGAUGGCCACAACAGCCUCUACACGUCAAUCAGAAUCGGUGCAUGUUAAGUACAAGGCAUUGCUGGGUUCUGUUCGCACACAUUUUGUAGUUAAAAUAGGUCGCAUUGUUAUAGUGAGGUAUUUAAAUCGUAUAACUGUGGGGGUGUAAGACUUCCGUCUGCCUAAGACACCCUUUGCUCCGUGAGGUCAUGGGUGAAGGGGAGAGGGCAGUUUCGGCUAAGUCUGAUGGCUAUGUCUAAUUCACGGUCAUGUGUCUCAAAGUUAUGGGUGUUUGGUGUGUCUCUUGGCCCUUCUGCAUGUGGACAGGGAGUGGUUUGUGGUGAUUGUGGGAUCCCUCUGUGUGUUCCCCUUCUAGGACUAGGUCCACUCCCUUGUUUGUUCCUGACUGUAGGUAUUGAUUUGCACCAGUGUGUGUUGUGCUCUAGGCGUCAUAAGGUGUAUAUUUAUCCUAGUGGUGGCUGCGCGUGGUUGCUGGUCAAUGUAGCAACUAUGGAUUUUGAGUCUAGGUGUAUAUAAGUCGCUGUGCUGUGACAGGAUCAAGCUGUGCCCGUGGGGCGUUAGGCUAGGGGUGUUAGACAUGGCGGUGAGCUUGGUACAAGUUACUAGGUCGCCCUUGAUGUCAGUUCCCUUUAACCCCAGGGAGGGGGGAGGUGUCGUUGGAGCAGGUGUGAUUGGCUCUAGUGGGCCUUUUUUCACACUGUAAUAACUGUUAGAGUGAGAGAGAACUAUAUGUAACAUAAACUAUAGAAAAUAGGAAGCAGAAAGGAUGCACUCUUGUAGGGAUUAACCCUUAAUGGACUACAGCAGUAGUAAAGGCAAGGAGAAAGAAAAAGUGAGUGCCCUCAAGUUAAACUGUAACUUUUAAUACUAAAUAAAGUUUAAAACCAGAUUGAUACGAUGUAUCCAAAAUGAUCAACAAAAAUACAGUGUUAUCAAAUAUAUGCUUAAACUAAUAAUAAAUGGAUCAUAAAGAUAAAAUACUAAAAGAACAAUUAAUUUCCUAUGAAUAAAUAACGAUAAAUUGAUAAAGGAGAUCCUGUUCUAAAGUUUUCAGGACAAAUCUCCAAAUGAUAUGCAAAAAACCAAACAGGUUUUUUGUGCAUUCAAGUGUGUGCAUCAAUUAAGUUGAAAUAAAAGGAAAGAAAAAGUCCAUAAAGUAGGAAUUGCUACAUAGAGUGGUGUAACAAAAAAGGGUUCUAAAGGUCUUAAGUAAUAAAUAGACCUAGAUACAUUAGUAGCUUUUACACGGAAAUCAUGAUGUCUGCAUAAUGACUUAACCACAUAGAACCCCAUUCAUAGUGCUAGUUGGAUCCAAAAGACGCACUAGAAAGAGUAUAGUGAUAUAAGAAAAAGAAAAAUUAUUCUUCACUAUAUAAAUAACUCCUGCAGUGGGAAUAGGGAUCACUGCCUGAAUAGAUCAAAGACGUGUGCUCAGUAGGCCCCCCACUAUAUAGCUGGAGUAGGACUAAAUAUCGAUGUGUAAGAUAUAAAGUAUAGUAGCCGUCUAAACAGACGCCAAUUCUGUUGUAAAUAAAGAUAUAUCGAUAGAGCCCUUUCCCCUGACGCGCGCGAUACAUUCAACAUAUGCACAGAGAAGUGGAAAUUCUGCAAGACACCCAGGAGCCAAUACAAGAUGAUUGCGGAGAAGAUCCAGAAGGUUAUAAUCUGCAAAUGAAAUCUCGUUGCCUACAAGAAAGCCUUUUCCAUUAUUAUUCUGACUCAAGAAACUUUCAAAGUGCUUUAAAUCAGCAGAUAAAUUCUUAAUGUAGUCAUCCUUUCCUUCUUCAUAAUUCUUAUAAAUUAGCUGCAAAUAUUUUAUCCUGAGAUCUUCUACCCCAUCAUUCAUCAUAUCUAUACAGGAUUGAUCAUUAGGCUCCUUCCCAUAUAAACCAUGCUUCCUUGCAAGAUGGCGCAGAAUAGCAUUAGACUGAUACAAGGUGAGAUCACCAUCUUUAAAUCCUGGAAGUUGCCCAAACACCGCUUUAGCUUUCAGAUCUCCUUGCAGCCAGGUGUCAAACGUUACAAUUUCUUCCUUCCAUUCCAAACCUUGGUCAGCUAGAAGUAUUCGUGCUGCUUCACAACGACCUCUGACAUUGAAGUAUAUAAUUGUGUAUUCUGGCAUUGUUCUCUCUGGUGCGACACUCCUUAUAUGACACAAAAAGUCACCCCAGGACAUACUUAAAGGAACACUAUAGUCACCUAAAUUACUUUAGCUAAAUAAAGCAGUUUUAGUGUAUAGAUCAUUCCCCUGCAAUUUCACUGCUCAAUUCACUGUCAUUUAGGAGUUAAAUCACUUUGUUUCUGUUUAUGCAGCCCUAGCCACACCUCCCCUGGCUAUGAUUGACAGAUCCUGCAUGAAAAAAAACUGGUUUCACUUUCAAACAGAUGUAAUUUACCUUAAAUAAUUGUAUCUCAAUCUCUAAAUUGACCUUUGUUCACAUACAGGAGGCUCUUGCAGGGUCUAGCAAGCUAUUAACAUAGCAGGAGAUAAGAAAAUCUUAAUUAAACAGAACUUGCAAUAAAGAAAGCCUAAAUAGGACUCUCUUUACAGGAAGUGUUUAUGGAAGGCUGUGCAAGUCACAUACAGGGAGGUGUGACUAGGGUUCAUAAACAAAGGGAUUUAACUCCUAAAUGGCAGAGGAUUGAGCAGUGAGGCUGCAGGGGCAUGUUCUAUACACCAAAACUGCUUCGUUAAGCUAAAGUUGUUCAGGUGACUAUAGUGUCCCUUUAAGGUUAUCUUUGUUUUUUGGUUGCACACCUAAUACAUCACGUUUUGUAAUUUACUCCUCAAAGUGACCAUUCCACGCUCUGUUUGCUUCGCACCAAUCCUGUCUUGAUACUGUAUAUCGUCCUUGUUCCCUAGCAGCCAGGACAAUACAUGAAGCCAGAUUUGUUCUUUGUUCACAGGUCGAUUAUGACGUUUGCAGUAAUUAUGGAAAUUGGUUAUACAGUGCUGGAAUCGGCAAUGAUCCCCGGGAGAAUAGGAAGUUCAAUAUGAUUAAACAAGGACUGGAUUAUGACGUCAAUGUGAGUAUGUGACCUAAGGGUACAUUCACUAAACAGAGACUAUGCGGAGAGGAGUAUCAGCUUUUAGAUUGUAAGCUUGUUUGGACAAGGCCAUCUUCACCCACUGCUUCAUGUCAAACAUGUUAUGUUAGAAUGAAUUGUUUAACUGUUGUACAUUGCUGCGGGAUAUUUUGAUGCUGUAUAAAUAAAAGUAAUUUCUGAGAUAUGACUAAGAGAACUGCACAUUUUAAAUCAAAUGAUCCCAGACAUCCAAGCUAUCCAUUCGGAAAGUUUUACCUAAAUAUUUAAACACUGCUGUCAAAGCCCUAUUUGGUGAAUAACCGACUAAGUGUCACAGACUGCGUUUUUGGUUUUUUUUGCAUGUGAAUAUUGCUCUAAUUGUAAAAGGGUACAACGUUAGGACAUAAUUUCCUGCAUAUGUAAUAUUGCACGUCCUGCGGGGAAGUGGAGGAGGGUCUAUGCCGCCUGCCCUUUGCCUAAAACCCAUUACCUGCAGACUGACACUUGGGCACAUUGAGCCUCACAAACAUUGGCUGAAAACAACAUUUAAUGUUUCUCUGACACCCCAGUAUGUAAAGAAUUUGCAGUAAUGUUAACUGAACUAAAUAUGCAUUAAAAUGCCCCCUUUGUAUUUUGUGUAGUUUUUGCUGGUUAAAUGUGUCUAAACGUAUGCCCUAUGCGGUUCCCUUUAACCCCUUAAGGACACAUGACCUGUGUGACAUGUCAUGACUCCCUUUUAUUCCAGAAGUUUGGUCCUUAAGGGGUUAAUAUAUUAAAAUCCAAAUACCAUUUUUUUUUUUUUUUUUUUAAAUCUUCAGACUAUACCAGUCAUAUCCUGGUAUGAUCGGUACACAGAGUAUUAUCGAUCCAGGUCUUCUUAAAACCUGCUUGAUCCAGAAAGACAGUUAUAACACUGAUCUUGUGUCGCUCUGCGCUGUCAUUUUCUUACUCAACUGUGACAAUCCUGGUUUCUCCUUUUAUAACUUCCCUCUGUAAUAAACCCACGCUCCAGUUCAGGAAAUUGUGAAGCUACAGCUUUGAAUGGUGAUAAUUAUUUACAUUUUAAUAUUCAGUACAAUCAUUUUGUUUUUGAGAAUGGUCGGUAAUGUUUAGAACGAAUGGUUAAUAAUCUGUAUAUAUUCACUUGUUUCAUUUAUAGGGUGAUUAUAUCCGACUCUGGGUUCCAGAACUGCAGAACAUCCAGGGGGGAGACGUUCACGCUCCCUGGGCAUUAAGUAACUCCGCACUUGCACACGCUGGAAUUACGCUUGGAGAGACCUACCCAUUGCCAAUAGUAAAAGCUCCAGAGUGGAGUAGGCACAUCAAUCAGAAACCAGUAAGACAUGCUCCUAUCUCAUUAAUUGGUAUCAUUAUUUGCAGCUUCAAUACAAAAGGAGAACGUUUCAGAAUAUAAAAAGUACAUUUAUAUAUUGUCCAUAUAUGUGUUAAAGGGACACUAUAGGCACUAAAAUCAUUUUAGCUUACUGAAGUGGUUUUGGUGUAUAGAUGAAUCACCCGAAGUCUCACUGCUCAAUUCUCUGCCAUUUAGGAGUUAAAUCACUUUUGUUUCUGUCCAUGCAUCCCUAGCCACACCUCCCCUGGCUGUCACUCACAGCCUACAUGGAGAAAAAAAAAAUUGUUUCAUUUUCAAUCAGAUGUCAACUUGCUUUAGAAGUUUUUAUCUCCUGCUCUGUAAAUUGAACUUUAAUCACACACAGGAGGUACCUAUAGGGUCUAGCAAGCUAUUACCAGUGCAGCAGAUACAUUCUAAAUUAAACAGACUGUGCAAUAAUUGAAGUUUAAAACGCAAACACUACACACAAGUACACUACGACAUUCAAGUGGCAACAAUUCAUACAAAUACACCUCUACAUGCGCACACAAACUUUACGCAAAAACAUGCUUACAUUCAAACUCCCAAACACUGCUCACAAAUACAACCCAGCAAGGAUGGGGAAAUGGUAGAUCAUCAGCUGGCAUAGCAUUGUGCGAGUUGUAUGCCAGGUGGGGGAUCUACCUUUUAGCCACUCUUGCUAUAGAUGGGGGGGGUGUGAACAACAUUUUUUCCCCCUCCAUUAGUUCUGCCAAUGUAUUCAUUCAUAUGGGUCCUGUAUCUGCUAGUCACCAUUUAAUCUCCUGGGUCCAUGUGUGCCAGUUUAAGCCAAAGAGAAUUAUUAAACAAAUGAGAAUUUGUUUGACAAAAUAAUAAGGCAUUUUGCGUCUUUUAUUAUCUUACACAGUGCUGCGUUAUUGCAAUUUCUCACUCUCUCCAUAACAACCGCCAAAGAUCAUAAUGAAUUUGUGAGCUGCAUCACAUGUGCUAUACACUGAAACAAAGCCUUUCGUUUGCUUGCAGGACAGUGGCGGAUUUGCAGCGAGAAGAGGAAAGGGGCCCUCUCUCACCCCCAAACAACACCGGAACAGAGGCAUAGACUUUUAUUUUUCACGGAAUAAAAAUGUGUAACUGAACAAAUGGAGAAAUGUCGCGGGACAAUACAAUUCUGUUACAGCCCAGAAAUGGGCAUCACUGCACAAUAAAAAAAGUACAAUGGGUUUAAUGGUUGAACCCAACGGGAAGAAUAGACAAUUAGAGGUAUUUCUAAUACCAUAUAAGAUGGGCUCAGGGAAAUUAAACUGGUGAUCUCCAUAUAUUGCCUGUGGUUGAUGGAAUCUGAGCUGCAAUAACCAUAUUGAGAAAGACCACAGCCAGAUGAGACUAAAAAUGUAUGCAUAGUGAUUUAAAAUCUUAGGUUCGUUCCCUAUGGCCAUCACCAACCAGCUGGCUAAACACAGAAGGUUUUGUAGUACAAAUCAAAUUUUAAAUGGCUUAUUCUUUGAUAUAAUGUGAGGAUGGUGGUGUCCCCCUUCACAUUCCUUGUAGAGUUAAACAGAUAUAUUGUGCUAGGUAUAUUGCUAUAACUUGGUGCAAUGGAAUGUUGCUGUUAGCAUUGUGAGGUCACAUUGAUCCUUUAAAUAUUACUGUAUCCACCAUGACUGCUGACUCGAGAGCGGUGUAAGCCUACAAUGUUAUCUAUACAUUGGCCUCCUGCUUGGUAAAUACAGAGAAUAGCAUGUCCUACCGUUUGCCUCUAAGAUGUCAGCUACAUAACCCCUUCUCUUACAGCCUAGAUAGCGAGAAAUAUACAAAUUCUCUCGCCUGGCUUCCACUGCCACCAUUGCAUCUGAUCUAUCGUUGGCCUUUAACAGCCGAGUCUGCCAAAAGAUUUGUAAGGGCAAUGCCCGCAUCCUUCUUUCCCAGGAUGUCUGGAUAUUAUGCAAUGUUUCGUAUAUUAUAUCAAACUGUUAAAACAUUUUACAUUGCCCAGCAACAUGAAGCUUUAUAAUGUGUGUGCGUGUGGGUAUAUUAAAAACUUUUUGUGUGCAUAUUUUGGCCUGCAUCAUGUCUCCAGUAAAGGAUCUGUUUGGGUAACAGGACACAUUUACAGUGAAUCAUAUGCUUGGUGUCACUGGAAUCACUUACACAGGGAACACACCAGUAUGAUGCAAUUUCAGUCAUUUCAAUUACUGUUACAAGAUUGCAUGCCUAUGACACACUGGAUCCUGAAUGAAAUUAUGUCACUGGCACUGGAGACCCCGUGUGACACAUGUAUUUCCAAGCUGACUGAUACUACCAGUCUCUCAAUGCUUAUGACAAUCUUUCUAAUUUUUAUUCAUUUCACAGUUUCAAAAAAAAGGAAAUAAACCAAACCGUAUAUUUCUAUAUUUAGAGCACUCAUUCUGGAAACUUUCAAAGAAGUAGAAAUGUCAUGUCAUAUUCCAAUGUAGUACACAAAAGGAUUCGGCAAUAAAUACUGCUUAUUUAAGCAGUUUUUGUUUUUCUGCUGAAUGACUGACUUUGUACUGCAAAAUUGUGUUUAAAUAGAAGACUUAAAACAAC